GUUUCCAAUCACAUCAGGAGCGUGACCAGCCCGUUAUCUCGCAGUGACUUUAUUUUCUCCUUUUGGUGUUUUCUAGUUUGGAAUUGUUGUGAGUAUGAGCGUGCGGCUGUUUGAAGGGAAGGCCCAUGCGCAGUCCUACUGGAAGUAUCGGAUCUCCCCAUCGCAGGAGAUCAUCGAUAUGAUCAUAAACUUUCUGCACAAACACAGGAGUUCCCCCCAGGAGUUGGAGCUGGCUGUGGAUGUGGGCUGUGGUUCUGGUCAGGGUACAGUUCUACUGGCUCCACAUUUCACCAGAGUGGUGGGAACUGACGUCAGCCCAGCACAACUGGAGAUGGCCACGCAGCACGCUACAGCACACAACAUCACCUACAGGGAAUCCCCAGCUGAACAGCUCCCUCUAGAGGACGCCUCAGUAGACCUGGUGACCGCCAUGUCAGCGUUCCACUGGUUUGACCACGCCCACUUCCUGCAGGAGGCCGACCGCGUCCUGAAGCCCCGCGGCUGCCUGGCGCUCCUCAACUACACCCUGGACAUGGAGCUCAGCUACCCGGACGCAGACGCAGACACACUCAAUGCCAUCUGCAAGGAGCUGCUUGCUGCCCUGACACCGUACUGGAGCCCGCGCCAGGGCACAGGCUCAGUGGACUUCUACAAGGAGGCCUAUAACACAAUAGCAUACCCUACCAAGGAAUGGCAUGAGAGCAUGUGGUUGAAGAAGACCGUUCCUCUCUCCAGUUUCAUCGGGAUGAUCGAGUCCUUCUCCCCCUACCAGGCCAUGCUGCAACAGCACCCGGAGAAGGCCAAACACCUCUCCCACGACAUCACACACAGGUUGAUGAAGACGAUGGGGGUGUCAUCUCCAGACACAGAAGUUCUCAUGUCCGUCAGAUACUACUGCAUGCUGGCCUGCAAGCCAUAGAGGAAACAGAAGAACACAUAGAGGGUACAUUCCAAUAUGCACACUCCCGUCCUCCACUUGUGCUUGUGGCCUCGCCCUGCCUCCUGGCCCAGCCUCCUUGGAGAAAACAAAGUUUCCCAGGUGUCAGCCUAGCCAGAGCAAUUUUGGGGGACUAUUUUUCAUUCACCAUCCCAAUUGCAAAUGAGAAAAUGACAUUAGAAUUGUAAUUGUAAUUGCAAGAUAUUGAAUUAAUUUUGUGUCGUCAGUGACAUCAUCAUGAGGUCACAAGCAGGCAAGUGAGGA